UCAAAUGCUCAUGAUAUGGAAUUUCCAAAGUACACAUUCUCAUUGACUCCAAUUGAAAUAUUGCCACAAUUUGCUAAAAAUAAAGAACGAUUCCUAGAUGUACUUGGAAAAAUCACCGCUGUCUCAAAUCCUGCAGUAGUGCGUAACACUGCAAGAGACCUCAUGAUGACAAGAAUAAUAAAGCUGCAGGACCUAAGCUUACCGGUGGACGCAACAGCUGUUGAAAAAAUUGAUUUACCAAAUGAAGAUCAGACUCAUGUAGCUUUUGAAGAAAAGAAUCUGUUACAGCUGAACGACAUAGAUCCUUUUACUCAAAAGGGUGAACGAUAUCAAUGCACUGUAACGAUCAUAGGAAUACUAGAUAAACAACAUUGGUGCUAUCGUGCUUGUCGCACAUGCUCAUCAAAAAUGAUUUCAACAUCUGAUGGAUUCCAGUGUACAAAGGAUGGAGGCUGACCUUCAAAACAAUUUGAAUGGAAGUACAAAAUACCAUUUAUAGUUGCAGACAACACAUUUAGUCUUGAGUUUAUGAUGUUCGAAAGAAGAGCUACUGAACUUAUUGGUAAGAGUACUGAAACAUUAAGGAAAUACAAUGAUCCAGAUAUAAUUCCAAGCGACAUUUCACAAUGGAUUGGCCACAAGUUCACAUUUGUCGUAAGGAUUCUACAUAAAAAGAGUAUGAGGACUGAACAUCCAUCAUUUGAGGUCCUGUUGAUA